UGGUGGUGGUGGUGGUGAGGGGACGAGCAGCCGAGGUCGGGGUAGCCGCUGGCACCGAAUAGUUUUCUAAACCGGAAGCGAUGUGACGUCAGACGAGCACUGUCCGUGCACUAUUUUCGUCCGACGUCACACAACCUCCGGUUUGGAAACCGGUCUCCAUUUUGGAUGGGUCGAUUCGAGUGGACGAAGCAGAAAUAAGUUCAGAAAGCAGAAAGGCGUACGAAUGGGGGUGCACUGCUACGUGACCGGUUGCCCGAGCGAAAGUGGGCGUUGCAAAGCGUCUUUCUUUCGACUGCCAGCCGUGCUCAAGCACCAGUGCGAGAAAACCGAGCACUUAUCAAGCAGAAGGCGACAACUGUGGCUGUCUCGUAUCAACAGAGCCGAUCUCAAAGCCAAGUCGUUCCCUUAUGUCAGGGUUUGCUCGGAGCAUUUUGUUCUUGGUAAACCGUCCGCCUUGUUCAGAGAAGACAGCAUUGAUUGGGCGCCAUCCUUGAAACUGACACGUACAAAAAAAGUGUCGGGCGAGGGGAAGGGAGCAGGGUCAAAAAGUAACCAGCCCUUGUCACCGGACUUCAUCCCAAGCGUUUUCAAACACACGAAAAGUCCUCAGAAAAGAAAAGCGCCGCCAGCCUCGAAACCUUCCCAGAGGAGGAGGACAACGAAGGAGCGGCGCGCAGGGCAAGAUGGCGCCGCUUCGCUUCCGAACAUAAAAGAGAAUCAGCGUAAAGCCGUGCUUGACCAGAUUAGCAAGACGAACGUCUGCUAAGUAAGCGAUAGAGGCCCCACUGAAGGAUUUACACGAACAUGUUUCGGGGGUAUUUUCCACGAGCAACAUCCCUUGCGGUCCCCCCCGUGGUCACGCCCACGGCCUUAUGCAAACACUUCAAGUCUGAUUGGCUGAGUCACAAAAAAGAGACCAAAGCCAGGACCGGGGGGGGGGGAGCGAGACGGCGGUGUUCCGAAGCGGCUCGGACCAAACUCACCGCACCAAGUCCGCUCACGCGUAAAAGCGCACAGCCAGGCAAACUUCACGCGUCGGAAACAGAGCGGCCCCCCUUCACCGUCGCUCCCGGACCGGUUUUGUCGUGCUGCCCCUGCCUGUGGUGACCGGACACUCUCCCACCCCCACCCCUCAGCUGACAUUCACGGUCGGUUCUGUCGAGUCCAGAGUUCCGGGGUCACCCAUGAGGCUGGAGGCCGCGGCCAGGAUGGAUCUGUUCCGGAGGCUGUGGAGGGCGAGGAAUCUGAUCGUGGUGGUUUUCAUCCCGCUCUCCCUGCUGCCGCUUCCUCUCAUCCACCCCACCAGCGAGGCAUGUUGCGCAUAUGUGCUAAUCGUGACGGCCGUCUACUGGGUCUCAGAGGCCGUCCCCUUGGGUGCUGCCGCCCUCGUCCCUGCCUUCCUCUACCCACUCUUUGGGGUACUAAAGUCAAGCGAGGUGGCGGCCGAGUACUCGAAGGACACAACGCUGCUGCUGAUGGGAGUCAUCUGUCUGGCGGCGUCCAUAGAAAAGUGGAACCUGCACAAGCGCAUCGCCCUGCGCAUGGUGAUGAUUGCGGGGGCCAAGCCUGGCAUGUUGGUGCUGGGCUUCAUGUGCUGCACAGUUUUUCUGUCCAUGUGGCUCAGCAACACGUCCACUACGGCGAUGGUGAUGCCCAUCGCCGAGGCCGUCCUGCAGCAACUCAUCUGCACCGGCGUGGCCGACAACCUCGAGCCCGCCGCCGAGGACGACAGCGACAAAGAAGAAAACUUAGACAAGAACCAGCUAGCACUGCUCUACCGUAAUGACAGCAAAGCUUGCAAUAAACAUGAACUCUCCACGCUGAGUGAGGAAGCGACGGGAGGAGCCAAUGGGGUGCGUGCGAAUCCAAACGCCAACCCAGAAUGCAUCACACAUACAAACGGACACUUGCCACAGGUGGCCGUGGAAAUCCCAAAUGUGAAGCGCGUCAAGGCCAGGCGGGACUCCCAGUACCCCACCAAGCGCGACCACAUGAUCUGCAAAUGUCUGACGCUCAGCAUCACCUACGCGGCCACCAUCGGUGGUCUCAUCACCAUCACCGGCACCUCGACCAACCUAAUAUUCGCCGAGCAGUUUAACGCGCGCUAUCCAGAUGCCAAGGUGAUCAACUUUGGCACGUGGUUCAUCUUCAGUUUCCCCAUCGCCAUCAUCAUGCUGGUCCUGACCUGGCUGUGGCUGCACUUCCUCUUCCUGGGCUGCAACUUCAGGGAAACCUGCUCCUUGAGUAAGAAGCGCAAGUCCAAAAGGGAAAUGAUGUCAGAGAAGAGAAUCCACGAGGAGUAUGAAAAACUGGGACCCAUCAGCUACCCGGAGGUUGUCACUGGUGUUUUCUUCAUCUUGAUGACUCUCCUGUGGUUCACGAGAGAACCUGGUUUUGUGCCCGGCUGGACCUCCCUUUUUGAGAAAAAAGGUUAUCGGACCGACGCUACUGUGUCCGUCCUCCUGGGUUUCCUGCUCUUCCUCAUUCCUGCCAGGCGACCUUUCUCUUCACCCUCUUCGAGCUACAGCGACUCAGCAUCGGACCCGCUGGCUCCCAUGAUCACUUGGAAGGACUUCCAGCGGCUCAUGCCGUGGGAGAUCGUCAUCCUGGUGGGCGGCGGCUACGCGCUGGCAGCCGGCUGCAAGGUGUCAGGCUUGUCCGUGUGGAUCGGCCGCCAGCUGGAGCCGAUGAGCGGACUCCCGCCCUGGGCCGUCACCCUUCUCGCCUGCCUGCUGGUGUCGGCGGUCACCGAGUUCGCCUCCAACCCGGCGACGCUGACCGUCUUCCUGCCCAUCCUCUCCGCGCUGUCCGAGACCUUGCACAUCAACCCCCUCCACACUUUAAUCCCCUCCACUAUGUGCGUGUCAUUCGGGGUCAUGCUUCCAGUGGGGAACCCCCCCAACGCCAUCGUCUUCAGCUACGGACACCUGCAGAUCAGCGACAUGGUGAAAGCAGGUUUCGGCGUGAACCUGAUCGGCGUGGCGGUGGUGAUGUUGGCCAUCACCACGUGGGGGGUCCCCCUCUUUAAUUUAUCUGAUUUCCCGGCCUGGGCAGUGGCGGCAAACGUCACCAGCAGCUUAUAGCCAGCCGGGGCGGGCUGGGUCGGGGUGUUCUAGACUGGACUUAUGGGAACGAGGUGGACAGAGGGAAGGAGAAGCUGCUUGAGGGAUGCAAUUCACAAUGAAAGCUGUUAAAAAAAUGUAUUUUAUAACCUUAAAUGUAGGUAAUUAUUCACUUGCUGUGUCACAUGACAUUUAAAAGUUGACUGCCUUCUACUGUACAGUAUUUAGGAAAACAUCUUUUAUACUGCUUUUAAAUCAGCAUGCAGUUCUUUUACUCAAGAGUAAAAGUACAUCACGGAACCCUUCAGGAGUUUUAUUUCACUUCGAGGGCUUCUGUCAUCACCGUGUUGCCAUAAAUGAAGCGCAUCGUGGAAAAAAAAAAGAAAAAUCGUAAAAAUGUUUUAGUUGAAAAAUAAGCUGCUAAAGGAUCAUUUGCUGCCUUGAAAAUGUGAAAAGUAAUUUUUUGAACAGUAAAGGUUUAAAGGGUGUGAGCGUCUAUAUUUCCA